CGCGGACCCGCCGGGGUAACAGAACUGGGAUUGGGGACCGGAGAUGCGGGGACUAGGGCCUUGGGUAUUGGGGGUGCUCUGGACUCCCAGUCUGCUCCACUCGCUUCUCUCGUGGCUCCCCGACCCUUUUAUGCAGUUGCCCUGCAGAGCCCGCGCCAGGGGUGACGGCUAUAGGUGCUGGGCCUCCAGACAUGAGCGUGGGGUUCAUCGGGGCAGGCCAGCUGGCCUUUGCCCUGGCCAAGGGCUUCACAGCAGCAGGUGUCCUGGCUGCCCACAAGAUAACGGCCAGCUCCCCAGACAUGGACCUGGCCACUGUCUCUGCCCUUAGGAAAAUAGGGGUGAACCUGACACCCCACAACAAGGAGACGGUGCACCAUAGUGAUGUGCUCUUCUUGGCUGUGAAGCCACACAUCAUCCCGUUCAUCCUGGAUGAGAUUGGUGCGGACAUUGAGGACAGGCACAUCGUGGUGUCCUGUGCAGCUGGCGUCACCAUCAACUCCAUUGAGAAGAAGCUGACAGCGUUCCGGCCAGUUCCCAAGGUCAUCCGCUGCAUGACCAACACCCCAGUCGUGGUGCGGGAGGGGGUCACUGUGUAUGCCACAGGCACUCAUGCCCAGGUGGAGGACGGCAGGCUUGUGGAACAGCUCAUGGGCAGCGUAGGCUUCUGCACAGAGGUGGAGGAAGAUUUGAUCGACGCUGUCACAGGCCUCAGUGGCAGUGGCCCUGCCUACGCAUUCACAGCCCUGGAUGCUCUGGCUGAUGGUGGUGUGAAGAUGGGGCUUCCAAGGUGUCUGGCAGUCCGCCUCGGGGCCCAGGCCCUAUUGGGGGCUGCCAAGAUGCUACUGGACUCAGAACAGCACCCAAGCCAGCUCAAGGACAAUGUCUGUUCUCCUGGCGGGGCCACCAUACAUGCCUUGCAUGUGCUGGAGAGUGGGGGCUUCCGCUCCCUGCUCAUCAAUGCUGUGGAGGCCUCCUGUAUCCGCACACGGGAGCUGCAGACCAUGGCUGAUCAGGACACGGUCUCCCCUGCUGCCAUCAAGAAGACUGUCCUGGACAAGGUGAAGCUGGGCUCCUCUGCUGGGGCCUCUCUGUCCUCUUCUGGCCCUGCUAAGCUGCUGCCCUGCAGCCUGGCCCCAGCAGACAAGGAGUAACAAUCUGCCCACCCUCCUCCUCCUCCUGCUCCUGCUUUUUUUUUUUUUUUUUUUUUUUUUUUUU